AUGGAGCCUCUACCAAAUCCUAAGAACGAUAGACAAGUGAAAGACGUGGAACCCCCACCCGCGAAGGGAGAUCCCACGAGGGAGAUCCUACGAGGGAGAUCCCACAUAAUUGUCACCAGCAAUGGCACUACUGGGAAGCGUAACCAACGGGAUGGAUAUCUCACCCCGCUCAGCCUGGAGCUCCUCUACCCGAACGGCACGGACGAGCCACCAGACUACAAAGCUCUGCGGGACCACCUGAAGAAGGAGGGACGCAUCCGAAAGGAAGACUGCCUCGACAUAAUAAAGAAAGUAAUCGACAUAGUGAGUAACGAGCCAAACCUACUGAGGCUCCAAGACCCAAUAACAAUCGUCGGAGACAUACAUGGACAAUACUACGAUUUUUUAAAGCUAUUAGAAGUGGGAGGGAACCCAGACAACACUCAAUUUCUCUUUCUUGGCGAUUAUGUCGACAGAGGAUCCUUCAGUAUAGAAGUCCUGUUACACCUUUACGCCUUAAAAAUUAAUUUCCCCAAUAAAAUAUGGUUAAUAAGAGGAAAUCAUGAAUGUAGGCAGAUGACCUCAUUCUUCAAUUUCCGAGAUGAGUGUGAAUAUAAAUACGACAUGGUCGUCUACUAUGCCUUUAUGGAAUCAUUUGAUACACUCCCCUUGUCGGCUGUCAUCAAUGGGAAGUUUCUAGCUGUCCAUGGAGGCCUCUCCCCACAGCUGGUACUGCUGAAUCAGAUUUGUUCAUUCACAAGAUUUCAGGAGCCUCCCAGGUCAGGCAUCUUCUGUGACAUAUUAUGGGCUGACCCUAUUGAUGAAGACAAGGAGGAGCACACCAUCCAGACAGAAUCCUUUUUCCCGAAUGACAUUCGAGGAUGUAGCUACUUCUUUGGAUACAAUGCUGCUACGACCUUUUUGGAGAAAAAUGGAUUACUCUCCAUUAUAAGAGCGCACGAGGCACAGCUGGAGGGAUACAAAAUGCACCAAACCAAUUUGAAGACGGGCUUCCCUAUAGUCAUCACGAUUUUUUCAGCACCGAAUUAUUGCGACGUUUAUAACAACAAAGGGGCGGUACUCAAAUUUGAUAGCAACACUCUGAACAUACAGCAAUUUAGCUUCUCACCCCAUCCGUAUCAUCUACCUAAUUUCAUGAAUUUAUUUACCUGGUCUCUUCCUUUUGUCAGUGAGAAAGUCACAGAAAUGCUUUACUGCAUUUUAAACUCCAGCGUAAAUCAGUCGGAUGAGGGAGUCAUGGACGUUGUGCUUCCCACGGAGAUACUCCAGAUUAUUAAUUACAUUGAGGAGAACAAUAUGAAGUUAGAGGAACACACUGCCCAUAAUGGUGUCGCUACUCAUGGGGAAGGUACUCCUACCGAAGGGGGACUCUCCUCCUCUCAGAGGGAGGAAGCGCUUUUGAAAGAAGGCUGCUUCUAUAGUGGUGCAUCCAAAAAUGAGGGGGAAGCAUUAGAGGGGUCUCCUGCUACCGCUGCUGAGUCUACUCAGCAGAUGGACGCCCAGGGGGGAAAAGCAGCGCACCUCCCCACCGAUGACGCGCAGGCGUCCAAGGAACGAUCCGAUGCCCUCAGGAAAAAGGUCCAAUCGGUUGGUCGUCUCAUGAGAGUAUUUAGGACGCUUCGCAAGGAGAACGAGUUGAUUGUGCAGCUAAAGGGGUGCAGCCCUGGGUACAGGAUCCCAGUGGGCCUCCUGCUGCAGGGCAGGGAGGGUCUGGAGAACGAGUUGGAGAAAUUCAAAAAGGCCAAGCAGAUCGACAGCAUAAAUGAGAAGCGCCCGCCGAACGAGUAG